AAUGGGUUAAGCAUUUAGGCUUGGGUCUGUACGAGGGGAUGUCACCAUGCUCCCCAUGUAGCAGAUGCACUUGCAGUAGGGAGGUCAGAGCACACAAAGAGAUGCCCAAUCCUGAAGCUAUUUGCUGUUUCCGCUCCAUCCAUUCAUGUGCCAGAUCCCCUUGGGGAAACCAAGGUCCCCACCACAUAGGCACAUCUGUCUAUUGUUUCUCUGCUUAAGGGCUUCUCCCGGUGUUUGUUUCUCAUCCACUAGAAGUGCCUGCUUGUCUCAUCGUUAUGCUGGGCCUGGCUCCUCUUUUGCUUUCAUUCCUCUGCAGCUGUCUUCUGGUUUUUUCUGCCCCCUCUUUCCUCAGGCCCAAUGUCACUUUCAACCAUAUGGCACGUGAUCCCACGUCAGGCUUCAUCUACAUUGGGGCAGUCAACUGGAUUUUCCAGCUUUCCCCGGAUCUACAACUUCUCUUUGAGGACUCCACGGGCCCAAGAGAAGACAGCCCAGAGUGCCUUCCAUUUAAAGAACUUAAGGAUUGUCCUCAAGCCUCUCUGACCCCCAACACUAAUAAGCUGCUGACUGUUAAUGAUAAUGGUAGCGAACUUAUAACCUGUGGUCAAGUCUUUCAGGGCAUCUGCGAGAAAAGGAGGUUAAGUAACAUCACUGAUAUUAUAUUUCAGACAAUCGAUCCUGGGGACAAUCAGUUUGUAGCUGCCAAUGACCCCAAAGUCACAACCGUGGGAAUAGUAGAAGGGUCAUUGGACAACAAUCCACUUCUGUUUGUCGGAAGGGGCCUGACAGCUAGAUUGUCAAGUGGCAUACCCCCAAUAACAAUAAGGCAACUAGGGAAGGCUCCUGUAUUCUCCAACGAUGGUCUUGGAAAACUGGUAGUGGGAGACUUUUCGGAUUACAACAACACAUUUGUGGGUAUUUUCUCCAAUAAAAAUCAUGUCUACUUUUUGUUUUUCCGACGAGGUUCAAAGUCCCAAAUGGAUUACAAUACCUAUCUAGGCAGUGUUUGCACUGGGGAUAUCCACCUUUACUCUUACGUUGAGGUGCCUCUCAUCUGCCAAGGAGGCUAUAACCUGGCACAAGCUGCCUAUCUGGAGAAAAGGAAUAGAGAUCUCUUUGUAGUCUUUGCAACCAGUCAUGGUCCAACUCCAAAUCCCAGCAGUCAGACAGCUCUUUGCUCCUACAAAAUGGUGGACAUAGAGGAGAGGAUAGAGAAGGCUCGAGAGCUGUGCUACACAAAUGCCGGCAUGGGAGACAAUGACAAGGAAGAAGCUGUAAUAGAGUAUGGAGUCAAUUCUAAGUGUGGAAAGCUUUCCAAGGAUACCCCUCAGUUGUUCCAUUGUGGUGGGGAACACACCCCAAGCCCUAUAGCCAGUCGCAUUCCAUUUGAAGCAACGCCACUGCUUGAGGAUCAGCCUAGUCUCACUGCUGUGGCAGCUUUGGCAGAAGACACUUAUACAGUCACCUUUUUGGGGGAUGCCGCUGGAAAUAUUCACAAAGCAUUUGUGUCCUCGAAUACAGGAGCAGUGUACAGUACAGUGACCUCUUCACAAGGGUCUCCUGUCAACCCUGACCUCAUUCUUGAUGACAAGGCAAAGCAGCUCUAUGUUAUGACUGAAUCAAAGGUAACCAAGAUGCCUGUUGCUGAAUGUUCCAGCUAUUCAUCCUGUGACUUCUGUCUUGCCGCUGGAGACCCUUUCUGUGGCUGGUGUGUCCUGCAAGGAAGGUGCACAGAGAAACAGAAGUGUGCGGAUUACACCAAAGAGAAACACUAUUUGUGGAGUUACGAUAAAGAGGAAAAAUGUUUAGUGAUUGAAGACAUUACGCCACCCAACCAGAGCCGAACACAGGAGACACAGGUCACGUUGACAGUACCUAGGUUGCCUUUUGUGGAACAACAGAGCAGUUGGAAAUGCUUCUUUGAUAACGUAUCUAAUGAAGCUCAUAUAAUAGAUGACCAUGUCACCUGCAGGACACCUAUGCCAGAUGAGCUGCCCCCCAAUGAGCCAGGGAAAGAUCAUGUGGUAAUGCGGCUAGCUCUCACAUUUGAGAAUAUCAUCGUAGUGGAGAUGAAUUUUUCAUUUUAUGACUGCGAGGCUGUGAUGAAGUUGGCCGUAACUGCCCCGUGUGCCGGAUGUGUAAGCAGCCAGUGGGAUUGUCAUUGGUGCGUGAAUGAUUAUCAGUGCAUUCAUGAUGCACAAAACUGCAGCCCAUAUCAAGAGAUCAUAUACAAUCAAAAACAGGGUGGUCCAGACGCUUGCCCAAGGAUAGAGCGUGUUGUUGGGUCGUCAUUGAUCCCUGUUGGUAUAGAGAGAGAACUGGAUCUCAUUGGACGUAAUUUACAACUACUUAAGGAGGAUGUUCUGGGUUAUAGUUGUGUAAUUGAUGCUCAUGGCACCACAAUCCCACUGCCUGCACAAAUUGAGAAUGUGACUGGAGAAAAAGAUGUUUUUCAAGUGCACUGCCAGACGCACAAGUUCGAGUAUUCACUACAUGUGCUGGAGCAUCCAGUUACUGUUUAUGUGAUAGCGAGCAAUGGCCAUCGGGUGGAUGAUAAAGAAGACAUUCUGGUGGUUUUGUAUAACUGCUCGGUUGGACAGUCAGACUGUAGUCGCUGCCAGGCCUUGCAUAAUCAAUACAACUGUGUGUGGUGUGCCAAAAUGGAAGGUGAAGCCUGUCUGCAUCAGAGUCAGUGCCAGCAGAGUGCUCUUGAUGUCUGUCCCACACCAUCGAUCAGUUCGUUUUCUCCAUUGACCGGUAUCAUUCAGGGUGGGACUACACUCACUAUCACCGGAGCCAACAUGGGUCAGAAAGCAGAAAAUGUGUCCGUGAAAGUAGCUGGCCACCCAUGCACCCUGCUGCCGAAUCUUUACAUUACUUCUAAUAGAAUUGUUUGCACCCUGUCUGCCAGCGAUGCUGAAAAGUCUGGGCCUGUAGAGGUUUAUGUGGACGAUCAGCAACCGGGGGUUUCAGUCCAACAUUUCACAUACCAGGAUCCUGUGCUGCAGUCUCUGCAUCCCCUGCAAGGCCCUGUGGCUGGUGGAACACUAAUAACCAUCAUUGGUGUCAAGCUUUUAACAGGAGAUCUGAUCAAUGUUACAGUGGGGGAUAUUCCCUGUAAAAUACAAAAUGGUGGAGUAACAGAAGGAGAGAUACACUGUGUCACAGGUGCCAGUCCAGUCCAAGAGCAUCUGCCAGUUAGUGUGUUUUAUGGAAGUGCAAAACGGAUGGUGGAGGACACACAAUACAGCUAUACAGAGAACCCAAGCAUCUCAUCAGCAAACCCCUCAAGAUGCUUCUAUGGAGGAGGACGUGUUAUCUGGGUGGAAGGUACAAAUUUGGAUGUGGUAGAGACCCCAGUCAUGACUGUCUUGGCCAAGCUAUCUUCUGAAAAGCUUAGAGUGGACAAUGGUAAUAGUAGACGGAAGAAGAGAAAGAGGAGGAGAAUACUAGAACAUGAAGCUGUACAAGAGUUUACUGAGCAAUGCCAGCACAAUUCCUCCACUCUUUUGAAGUGUUUCUCCCCAAACAUCAGUGAAACUUUUGAACCUGUGGAUGUAUUGUUCAUCCUGGACAACGUGCGGAUCCCAUUCAGCAGCCUCAGAGAGAGCUUCACUUAUAUCAAAAACCCAACAUUUAAACCUCUGAACAGAGAAAAUCCAAGCAAACCAUACAAUCUGAAACCUGGGAACGUUCUUGAUAUAGAGGGAGAGGGACUAGAUUCUGGGAUUAGUAAACAAGAAGUUGUUGCAAAAAUUGGACAUGGCACCUGCACUGUGAAAACGCUGACGCAUAAUCAUCUGUACUGCGAGCCUCCUCCUGAAUCACCACAGCCACUUGACUUGAGCACAUCUCUGCCUGAGUUUGUGGUGCAUAUGGGGAAACUUCAAUUCAAUCUUGGACAAGUAAAAUAUGAUGUAGAUGGGCAAACUGCUUUUCCCAAGGAAGCUAAAAUUGGACUGGCAGUUGUAGCCACUCUUCUUGUCCCUAUUGUGCUAAUAAUCAUUUAUAUGUACAGAAGGCAAAGCAAGAUGGCCAUGAGAGACUAUAAGAAAGUGCUUGUGCAACUGGAGAACCUGGAGACCCGUGUAGGAGAUCAGUGUCGAAAGGAAUUUACUGAUUUAAUGACAGAAAUGAUGGAUCUUAGCAGUGAACUUGAAGGCACUGGAAUUCCCUUUCUGGAUUCUAGGACAUAUGUUGAAAGAAUCUUCUUCCCUGUAAACAUUGACUCUCCACUCCCAAAGAGCUUAGAUGUUCCAGCAGGAAGAAGGAGCACUGUGGAACAAGGCCUUACACAGCUGUCCAACCUCCUCAAUAACAAGCUUUUUCUUACCAAGCUAAUUGAAACCCUGGAUGCUCAGUUCACACUUUCCCAGCGGGACCGAUGCCAUGCUGCUUCUCUGCUCACUGUGGCUUUGCACGGAAAAUUGGAAUAUCUUACAGAUGUCAUGAAAACACUGCUGGCUAAUCUGAUAGACCAAUGCGUGGCCAAGAAUCCAAAGCUCCUGUUUCGCAGGACAGAGACCAUCGUUGAGAAACUUCUAUCAAACUGGAUGUCUAUCUGUCUCCAGACAGACCUUCGGGAAGCAGCUGCAGAGCCUCUGUACAUGUUAUACUGUGCCAUUAAGUACCAAGUGGAUAAAGGUCCAGUGGACGCAGUGACUGGCAAGGCAAAGCGUACCCUAAAUGAUUGUCACUUGCUACGGGAGGACAUAGACUAUCGUCUCAUGACACUUACCGUGAUAGUGAAAAGUGGGCGAGAGACACAUCAUGUUCCUGUGAGAGUGCUUGAUACAGACACAAUCACCCAGGUCAAACAAAAAAUCCUGAACCAAGUUUACAAAGGAACCCCAUUCUCGCAGAGACCAGAAGCUACCACUCUAGACCUAGAGUGGCGCUCUGGAAAUGCAGGCCAUUUGACGCUGUCUGAUGAGGACCUGACGUCGCUAAUACAGGAUCAGUGGAAGAGGCUAAACACACUGCACCAUUACAAAGUUCCUGAUAAUGCAACAGUGGCUCUUAUCCCAAGGCUACACAAUAAUCAGUGUGAGACUCCAAGCAACAGUUUCAUAGGUGGCGAAAAGACGCCAAUGUUGGAGGAUGGAGAAGAGGGAGGAAUUAGAACUUGGCACCUUGUGAAGUCUGCGGAGGAACCAGAGGUUUGCAAGAAUCGGAGAAGCAGCCUGCGGGAGCGAGAACGUGCCAAAGCGAUACCAGAAAUCUUUUUGACCCGGUUACUGUCUAUGAAGGGCACAUUGCAGAAGUUUGUGGAUGACACAUUUCAGGUGAUGUUGGGCGUCAACCGACCAGUGCCUAUUGCUAUCAAGUAUUUCUUUGAUUUCCUUGAUGAGAUGGCUGAGAAGCAUGAGAUUACCGAUGCAGAAACUGUACACAUCUGGAAGACAAACAGCCUUAUGUUACGGUUCUGGGUGCUAAUUCUGAAAAACCCUCAGAUGGUGUUCGACGUUGAGGUAUCAGAGAAUGUGGAUUCCAUCCUGGCCGUGAUAGCUCAGACUUUCAUUGACUCCUGCACCAUCUCUGAGCACAAAGUUGGGAGGGACUCUCCCGUCAACAAACUGCUAUAUGCAAGGGAAAUCCCACGAUAUAAACAACUUGUUGAAAACUACUAUGCUGACAUCAAAAAUACACCUGCUGCCAGCUACCAAGAAAUGAAUUCCUUCCUCACAGAGCAGUCUGGGGCUCAUUCGCCUGAACUGAACUCCUUGGUUGCACUGCAGGAGCUUUAUAAUUACAUCAACAAGUACUAUGAUCAGAUUAGCUCAGCCCUGGAGGAAGAUCCAAACGGGCAGAAGAUGCAACUGGCUUACCGCCUUCAGCAGAUCUCUGCUCUCGUAGAAAACAAAGUAACUGAUCUGUGAUGAUCUGCAAAUACACUUGAUGGUUUUGCUGGCAUUUGCUCAUGCUGACACUUGUGUAGGAGAACCAGGAGAGAUCAUGGACUAUAAGCUCCAUCACAUUAUGUGUUUUGGGGUUUUCCCUUCUUAAGCCAUAUCUAGAGACUGCUCACUGCAGCAUAUUGUGCUUGUGGGAGGUUUGGCACCUUUUGGAAUUCAGGACGCAGCACUUAGUUCAAUCAGUUUGCGUUACCUUUCCCCCCUAGAACAGUUUGCUCUUAUUGGCUGAUAGGCCUCUGGAAUUUUAUAAGUGCCUUAAUGUAAUGGACAAGCUGUUUUAACCUGAAGCCCUUUAUCUGUACUGUUUUUGUCAGGGAUGACUGUAUUUCCACAGCCCCCUGAAACGUGAUAUUGUUCAUGCUUCUGUCUUUAUGUUGUACAUUGCUUACCUGAGAAGUCCUUGCUGUGACUGGCUGUUGUAGUUGGGAAGGAGAAAAUGCAGAGCUUAAGCUUUUAGUGGCAAGAGAGAAUGAAAUGGAGAGUGGCAGUGACCUGCUCAGGACGCAAUGCGUGUGGCGUACGUGUUUAUUGAGCCCAUUUGCUGCUUGGACUGCAGACUCAGGUUUGCCCGCAAGGUGCCAAGACUAUAAAGUACAUCAACAAAAGGACCUACACUCUCAUAAGAGGAACGAUGCAUCUGUCUAUCCAGACAGACUUGUAAAGCUUUUCCUAAAGUAUGCAAAAGCUGUAAAUAAGUAUAUUUAUUGCUCUUUUUACACGCAAUGGUUUGCAAAUAAAAUGUGAUCUUUUUUGAAAA